UAGAAAUUGGCUCUCGCUUCACAUUUACCACCUACUUAAUCUCCUUUUCGUCUUGAACGUCGCGCGUGGAAGGUCAGAGGAUAAAUCUCUGAUAAGGUCGUGCUACAGCAGCACGAGGACAACCAUGAGUAGCACGACGUCCUGUGCACCAACAUCGACGACGAUGUUUUUAUCGUCAUACAAUACUUGAAAAUCAAUGAGGUACCAUGACACGAUUUUCUCCAAGUACGUCUAUACUUCCAAGACAAGUACCCUACAAAAACCAAGCCAGCCAAUCACCUCACGAUUUUCUCUCGAGAGGCGGCGGCUGCAUGAGGACGUCGUCGUUGCCGGCUUUCACCGCGCAGCAGUAUAGCAUCAGCAAGAGCAAUGGCGGCUUGAGGGACGGACGACGAGCUAACGGAGGAGAGAGAAGUUGGUGAAGAAAACGACGUCGACGGCGAAAAUGCGAAAUACAGAAGGUACUUAAAGGAGGGGCUGGUGCGCCGUCAUCUUCGGGGCUUAUCUGCUUUAGGGGAGAGCAUCGCGUGGGGCUCUCGGAGACGCUUGGCCAGGCUAAGCUCGAGGCUGCUGAUGAAAAGAAAGAAGACUCGAGAGGAUGAUUUCUGACUUGCCUGACACAAUCGAGGUGGUGAACGAGGUUGAGGUGUCCGAGUCGACCGGGCUCAGUCCGCUUACCACAUCUCUCGAUCACAAUCUCACGCUUCACGAGGACAACGCAUCUUCCAACGACGCCAAGAUGGGCGUUGAUAAUACGUGGUCAGAAGCUAACGCGUCUACCUCGGACUACGCCAUUUCGGUUGGUCCACUUCCAGAAUUAGAUGAAGGUCCAUGGCAAGAAGUGAACUAUGGAAUGGAACAUGGGCCUUUCCUUCCUACAUCUACUGCAGAACUAAAUUUAUUUUCUGAUACUAAUGAAAAUCCUGAUGAUUCGCUGCUCGUAAAUUUGGCAAUAAUUUUUUUAGAAGCUAAUUUGCCAGCGGGCGUCUGUGGUCUCAGCAACUUGGGCAACACGUGCUUCAUGGCUGCUGGAUUGCAGUGUCUGACUGCCACGCCACCAGUUUUGCGUCACUUUCUCGAUUUACAAGAAGGCGACGAAAAGGAACCACCACCUGGUUCUUUGAUGGCGAACUUUAGUACGCUGCUCAGUAAAAUGUGGUCCGGGAAAUAUAAAUCACUUCAGCCGACGGAAUUUAAACAAACCCUCGGCGCGUAUCAUUCGCAAUUCAAAGACUACAGACAGCACGAUUGUCAAGAAUUCUUGGCGCUAUUGCUGGACACUCUACACGAGCAGAUGAAUCUAGCAAAGACAAAUAAGAAUUGCCACGUGCCCAACGCGACUGCCACCACUGCCAGUGAUGUUAAUUCGAAUAAUCAGAACGGAGAUAAAGACUUUUGUGCUGGUGCUACUUUCCUUCCCCCUAGUAAUUUCGAUUUCAUGGAUUACGAGACCAUGACAUCGCAUACGAAUCCCAAUAGUCCUAAUGUAACCAUGGCUGGUUCACCUAGAGAUGAUUGUCUACAAGAUUUGGACAGUACAGCCAACUCGCCGACUCAGAGUAUUUCACCUUUGCCCAACGACGAAGAGACGUUAGACUCCGAGGACGUUGUGGACCUGCAGGCUGCAAAGUCCAGUUUCAUUUAUAACGAAGUACACGUUAACAUGCCACAUCAAUUGGGCUGCGAGAUCCGCAAUAAACUCUACGAUAUUGCUAAAGAUGCCAAAACAAGCAACGCGAACUUCCUCGUCACGCCUGAGGAGUGCAAUAAUGAAAUAUACUACGAUUCACAAAAGUUUCCCAAAGAGAACAGCCGUCGGAUACUUUUAGAAUCCAACCUUACCGAGAAUCAUGACUUUGACAAUAAAAGUGCUAGCGUUAAACGUAUCAAGGAAAUCAAUUGCCAGCGGAAUAAUUGUGGCCCCGACGGUAGUAGCGGCGUUGCUGGGUGUUGUGGAGGUGCUGCUGUGUCCAAUGUAUCCGAGAUGGAGUACGACAGCGGAUUGGAAAAGUGUAAUGUAAAGCGAAUGCGACUCGAAGACCAAGAGAAGAAUCACAAAAAGGAUGGUUUGGCUGCUAGCGGUCUAACGUGCUCAAGAUCGCUACAGAAUUGCGAAAAUGGCGCGACCGCGAUGCUAGAGGAGGUCGAGGCUGACAAGCACUGGGCAAAGCAUCUACGAGAUAAUCGAAGCGUUAUAGUCGAUACGUUCCAAGGACAAUUCAAAAGCACGGUCGUUUGUGCCGCUUGCAAGCACGUGUCUGUAACUUACGAGCCUUUUAUGUAUCUAUCCGUACCUUUGCCUCACGCGAUGGAGAGGCAAUUCAUGAUAACUUACAUUCCCGCUGACGGUGAGCCGCCCAUACGUUGCGUCGUCUUAUUGAACAAACAGCUACAGGUCUGUAGGCUCAAAGAGGAGCUUUUGAAAACCCUCAAUCAAGAGAGCAUACCAUUGUCCAGCAUCGUCAUGGCUGAGGUUUUGGAGAACCACGUCGCAAAAAUACUGGAAGAUAGUUUACCCUUAAGGUGCGUGGACGAUACGAACCGCCAAAUCUACGCAUUUGAGCUGAUGGACCCUCCAGAACCUUGGGUUGAUAGCGAUGAUCCUGCUAUAGUUCCUUCUGAACCUGGACAGAGUAGUUCUAUCAGUGCUGUACCGUCUAACCGCGCUUCCGAGGAGACCUGCAUCAUUUGUCUCGAGGAAAACGAUGGUGAUUUCAAGAAACACUGCGAAAACAACUGCACGCUCGUGAUGUGUGACACGUGUAUCGAGGAUUACUUCAAGAGCGGAAACAAACCGAAAAAGUGUCCUGUCUGUUCGGCCGAAUUGACGGCAGCCCCCUUUGCCAAGCUGGACGAAACUGGUCAACGCUCAAGGCCAGCUGUCCGUUUGCUCAACAUACCCCUUGUGCUACGCCACGAUACCAACGAAGCCACCAACAAUCGCAAAAGCAUGAAACUAUUUGGAGAUCUACACGUCCUGAAGCUACCGUCACGUGUCGACGCCAAGCACAUUUGGGAUAUGGUCGCACGAAUUGUGCCCCGGGAUUCAACGUACACUCUACGUUUCGUUGGUGGACAAGGUAACACCUGCUCGCGUUGCAUAUAUAGCUCUCAUUGUACCGGCUGCGAAGUGCCGAAGAGCGGCAAAGUCAUUUUACAGACCGGCGAUACUCUAGCUGUUAGGUAUGUCGACCGCAUUCCUAAGGUUCCGCAGCCCGUUGAUCACAUUAGCGUUAGUAAGCAGAGACCACAGCAUCCACUGUCGCUUUAUGAUUGUCUACAAGCAUUUAGUCAAAGCGAAACGCUAGAUGAGCACAAUCCUUGGUACUGUCCUAAAUGUGAGAAAAAUCAGUGUGCUACUAAAACAUUAAAUGUUCAUCGGUACCCCAAGUUCCUCAUAGUCUACCUCAAAAGAUUUGUAUUUUAUGAAUGCUUGAGCAUGAAGCUGGACAAUAAAGUGACCUUUCCUUUGGUUGGCUUGAAUUGUGGAAAACAUCUGUAUGACCUGUAUGCGUGUGUCUGUCACUUUGGAGGCGUAUCUGCUGGACAUUACACAGCCUAUGCCAAGAACCCCCAAAUGGAUGUCUGGCAUUACUACAAUGACGAAAUGACUAGUAAACAAAAACCACAAGAAGAGGACUUCAGCAAUGCUUAUAUCUUGUUCUACAGUCAGCAAGGCUCUAGCGUAAAACAGUGCAAUAUUUAAGGUUAAAAGAAAAAAAAAUGAGAGAAUCCAUAGACACCAAAUGACUGAUAAAAAACGAGUAUCUUUAUCACCAAAGAUUUCUCGGUAAGGUCUCGAAUUUGAGAUCUUUCAGUCACAUAAAAGCAAACAAAUAAAAAAAACGAAAAAUUGUUUUUCAAAUUCGUUGGCUGUGUAUAAGAAGUAAACAAGAUUCGAAUGGUGGAUCACAUUACGAAUACGAUUUUUUAUUUAAUAACGUCUUCGUUUGUACUAUUACUAGUGUCGUAACGAGAUUAAGUGUGUUAAAGCUUUGGUGAGGAAAGACUGGUAAAUUCGAGUGAGUUUACGUACGUAAGAAAGUUGACAGUAAAAAUUAAAGACACGUUAUUAGUUGUAAUAUAUUAAUUUACAUUUGCGCCGUACAAACGAGAAUCGUAAAUGUGGGAUCGGUAAGCAUGUAUCCCUGCGAAACUUGAAAACUUUAUAUAAAAAUAAAAGUAUUUGCCGAGAAAGAAUGUUUAUAAUGAAUUUUUGGAUGUAUUGAGCGUGUAGAAUAGAAACAAAGUGAAAGCACUCUGCGCGCUGUUCCUGUAAUCGGUACUAUUAAUUUAUUAAUUUUUUUUUCGAUUAGAAAAAUUUUUUUAAACAACAGACAAAAAUAUAACGUUGUAAUUGAAAAAGAAGUUUUAUCAUGAAAUUUAAACGUCACAGUGAAUUUGUACAAUACGUAAACUCGGUGAUUCCGUACUAAUUUAUUAGCAAAUAAAGUAAUGUUAAAUAA